UUUGCCCUUAUUCACCCUCCAAUAGAAGGACGGCCAAGUCUUAGAUUUACGAAUGAGCAGAAACUUCCGGCGCUGAUAUUAUCCGUAACGAUUCAAGUCUUUAGAUUUCUGUCUUGAUCCUCUGUAAUCUAUAUAUUCUUCUUUCAAAUAAGUCGUGCAAGAAAAAGCCUAUUCGAGACAUCGCGGCUUACGUUAGUGCCCAUGAAUGCCGCCCGUUGUCUUAAAGGCUUUGGAACCGCCGUGGCGCUCCUUUCCACAUUUGCAAUUCUCUUUCUAGUCGUCAACUGGAACGCAAACGUCAAGCGUACGUCUUUUAUACACGAGGGUUCUGCACAUCGCUACCGCGACGACAAAAGUUGGGCAUCAAUACCCUUGGACGAUUAUAAGAAUGAUCUUGUUGGAGAACAAUCUGUCGACGAUGAUAUCACCCGGGACGACACCUGUCGCAAAUAUCUCAUGAAUUUCUUGAAUGGAACGACUGACGCCAAAGACGAAUGUGAGGGAAUGUACAACGCGUGGCAAGCCGCCGAUUGCACCGACGAUAAGAACUUACAACAUCUAUCCCGCAAACACAAAGCAGCUGAUGGCAAUGUCACGGACGAUGACGUCCUCAUUGACGACUUCUACGAAAACUGGGAAUGCUGCACGAGUAUAUCCAACUUCUACAAUAGACACUGCCAGGACCCACAGCUUGCAUCGGGGAAGUUACUUGGGAUUGUGUCUGUAUUGGUGGUGUGUGGUCUCGUUAAGAGUGCGCUACGGUUUGCUAACCUUCCCUGGAUUCCGGAUGCGGGUGCCUGCAUUUUCGUGGGAUCCGUCGUAGGAGUAUUUUUGAGGCUGUUCGACCACGAAGCCGUCCGGGAUGAAUUGACCUUUAACAAUGAUUUGUUUCUGCAAGUCAUGCUUCCUCCAAUCAUCUUUGAGGCAGCUCUUUCAAUCGAUAAACGCGCUUUUCGUAGAGACCUAUUUCCAAUUUUGACGUUUGCAAUUUUCGGGACUGGAUUUAGCGCGCUCGCCAUCGGACUCGUCACAUACUACUUGUCAGGAAUUGGAAGUGGUAUCGCCCUUCCCUUUCUCGAUUCAUUAUUGUUUGGUGCCCUUAUGUCUUCGAUCGAUCCGGUAGCAGUUUUGGGUAUUUUGAGUGGUGUUGGUGUUAGUCAAGGAGAUACCCUCUACAUUCUUAUUUUUGGAGAAUCACUCCUGAACGAUGGAGUUUCUAUUGUGCUUUUUGAUAGCCUGGUGCGACACAUGGGAGAUGUUGAUGUUGUGGACCAGGCUAAUGUUCGAGACACGAUGGUCCACUUUUUCACCGUAAUUUCGGGGUCUAUUUUUAUUGGUGCUGGAUGUGGUGUGUUUUGUACUUUAUAUUUUUGGUUGCUUCAUGGAAAGCAUUCAGCAGUUUCGGAAGUCGCCCUUUUUUUCGCUUGGGCUCUGAUUCCCUACUACAUUGCGGAUGGUUUAGAUGCUUCUGGGAUUAUCAGCAUAAUGGUAAUGGGUUUUAUGUUGGAUUACUUCGUUGUUGGAGGAUUUCAAUCUGAAGGUGCCGAGUGGCGAGAAUACAUGAACUCACGAAUGGAGGGGGCUGGCUCUCAUCCAGUUGAGCCGUAUUUUGAUCGGAUAAAGGCAGCCUUCAAUCUUGCGUUCUCUGGUAAGGGACACAUUACCGACCACUCACGUCAGCAUGUUGGGUUUGUGGCAGAAGUCAUUUCAUCCAUUAUGGAGACCGCCAUCUUUGCGUAUCUUGGACUAUUUCUUUUCAACGAUAAAAAUUGGGACCUAAAAUUGACCUCAGCUGGAUUGUUUGGAUGCAUUUCGAGUCGAUUCGUCAUGGUGCUAGUUCUAGCGGCCCUCAUAAACGCCUGCGUAUGGCUGGAUCUGGAGGGCUUUCUCACACGAGCGUGGAGGACCCUAGUGCGCAGAAACUACAGCAGUGCCAAUUAUUACAUGGACGAGGUGAAAUCCUACCUUGACCCACGGACGCAGGUGAUUUUAUUCGCAGCGGGAGUACGAGGAGCGGUAUCUUACGCCCUGGUUCAAAACAUUCCAGUGUACGACUCGGUAACAAAAUAUGGCUCGCACUACAAAGGUCAGCUAAAAGCGAUGACUUCCGCUACCAUUGUUAUUAUCCUCUUCGUUUUUGGUGCUUUGACGUACUUUACAGUGCAGCGACCUUCACAGGUUCGUCGCAGUCAACCCCUCACCGAUCGACUUAUGGAAGGUGAAAACCCCACAGAACAUGACCUGGAUUUGCAAGAGAAUCAUCAGAAUGUUUCCAACUCGAUUACUAUCGAGAUUGAAGGCCGCCUACAAGGGUAG